UUCCAGUCGCCUCUCGCUCUUUAUAAUGUAAGACUGCCUUUUGUCGUAAUCCCUUAUCAACGGGUGUCUCGUGCCCCAAUUGUUUUCCCCUUGUAACUCACGGAGAAGAAGGAAAAGAGAAGAGAAAGCGAUCUUUCAACCGAAAAAAAUAAAACUAAAUGUUUCUCCGGCUCUCUCCACGAUUCGAUCAAUCCAGUUGAGUAUUUUUUGGGGCCAUAUUUCUCCUUCCAAUGAUCCAAUUCUAAGUCGCGGCAGAUGGUAUCCUGCUCCCUAGCUUUCGAUCGCAAGAAGACGCCCACAUCGUAAAUCCAGGGAUUUUGAGAACUAUCGGAGGAAUCGAGAGGGGAAGAGCGUCCGAGAAUUCUCUCCACCUCUUCGGAGCCAAGGUGGAAUAGGAGGGAUAAGAAAGGAGGGCUGUCUCCUGUCUGUCUUAAGGGAGGGAGGGAAUAAGGAGGUGGAAAAAUGGAUAAUAGAGAGGGGAAUAACGACAUAGAGAGCAUGGAGGGACUGGGGAGGGAGGUAGAGAGGAACGGGUCGGGGUUUGAGGACGAGAAGGAGGCAGGGAUGAGGCAGCCACUGCUGCUGAGGAAGAGGACCAUGAACACAACCUCCCAGAUUGCCAUAGUUGGUGCCAAUGUUUGCUCCAUUGAAAGCUUGGAUUAUGAAAUUGUGGAGAAUGAUCUUUUUAAGCAAGACUGGAGAUCAAGGAAAAAGGUUCAGAUAUUUCAAUACAUUGUCCUCAAGUGGACUCUUGCACUUCUUAUAGGCUUGGGAACUGGACUUGUCGGCUUCUUCAACAAUCUUGCAGUUGAGAAUAUUGCCGGAUUCAAAUUGUUGCUAACUAGUGACCUUAUGCUUGAGCAUAGGUUCUUUGCAGCAUUUUUGGCAUAUUCUGGUUGCAAUUUAGUAUUGGCAGCAGCAGCUGCAGCCAUCUGUGCUUACAUUGCACCUGCAGCUGCUGGUUCUGGUAUACCUGAAGUGAAGGCAUAUCUCAAUGGAAUUGAUGCUCAUUCUAUAUUAGCUCCGAGUACGCUUUUUGUAAAGAUAUUUGGUUCAGUUCUUGGAGUUUCUGCUGGAUUUGUAUUGGGCAAGGAAGGGCCUAUGGUACAUACAGGAGCAUGCAUUGCCAACUUACUUGGUCAGGGUGGGUCUCGCAAGUACCACCUGACAUGGACAUGGCUCAGGUAUUUUAAGAAUGAUAGGGAUCGCCGAGAUUUGAUCACCUGCGGGGCUGCAGCUGGAGUGGCAGCUGCCUUCCGAGCACCUGUGGGUGGUGUCCUCUUUGCUCUUGAAGAAGCAGCAUCUUGGUGGCGAAGCGCUCUCCUGUGGAGGACAUUCUUCACAACAGCUGUUGUUGCUGUGGUAUUAAGAGCUUUGAUAGAAUACUGCCGCAGUGGAAAAUGUGGUCUCUUCGGGGAAGGAGGACUAAUAAUGUUUGACCUUAGUUCAACCAUCACUACGUAUAGUACUCCAGAUCUAGUAGCAAUUUUGGUCCUUGGAGUCAUUGGGGGUGUAUUCGGAGGCCUCUACAACUAUCUAUUGGACCGGAUCCUUCGCACCUACAGCAUCAUUAAUGAGAAAGGUGCUCCAUUCAAGAUACUUCUCACUAUCACCAUAUCUCUCCUCACCUCAUGCUGUUCCUAUGGACUCCCUUGGCUUGCCAGGUGCAUUCCAUGCCCAGCAGAUCUCCAAGACCAAUGUCCCACCAUUGGCCGCUCAGGCAACUUUAAGAAUUUCCAGUGCCCCCCAGGUCAUUACAAUGACCUUGCCUCCCUAUUUCUUAACACCAAUGAUGAUGCCAUCCGCAACCUAUUCAGUGGUAACACUGACAACGAGUUCCACAUGUCCACCCUUUUUGUCUUUUUCACUGCCAUUUAUUUCCUUGGCCUUGUAACAUAUGGAGUUGCUGUCCCUUCUGGUCUCUUCGUUCCCGUUAUACUCGCUGGUGCUUCCUAUGGCCGCAUUAUAGGGACUCUUCUGGGUCCCAUCUCUGACCUAGAUACUGGCCUCUUUGCCCUGCUCGGGGCAGCAUCUUUUCUUGGUGGAACUAUGAGAAUGACUGUCUCAGUCUGUGUUAUUCUUCUGGAGCUCACCAAUGAUCUUCUAAUGCUCCCCUUGGUCAUGCUUGUUCUUCUGGUAUCCAAAACAGUAGCUGAUGGUUUCAACCUAGGGGUCUAUGAUCAGAUUGUUAAGAUGAAGGGCUUGCCAUACAUGGAGGCUCAUGCAGAGCCCUACAUGAGGCACUUGGUCGCUGGAGAUGUGGUCUCAGGCCCGCUCAUCACUUUUUCUGGUGUGGAGAAGGUGGGGAACAUAGUGCAUGCAUUGAGGUUGACAGGCCAUAAUGGAUUUCCAGUGAUUGAUGAGCCACCUUUCUCAGAUGCACCUGAGUUGUGCGGGCUUGUCUUGAGGUCUCAUCUGCUUGUGUUGUUAAAAGGGAAGAGGUUCACUAAAGAGAGGGUGAGAACUGGGGUGACGGAGUUAUUACAGAGAUUUGGUGCUUUUGAUUUUGCCAAGCCUGGAUCAGGUAAAGGAUUGAAGUUUGAAGACUUGGACAUCCAGGAGGAGGAAAUGGACAUGUACGUGGAUCUGCACCCAAUCACGAAUACAUCACCAUACACGGUGGUUGAGACAAUGUCACUGGCAAAAGCUGCAGUGCUUUUUCGGCAGCUUGGACUCAGGCACCUUUGCGUUGUGCCAAAGACACCAGGGAGGCCUCCCAUUGUCGGAAUUCUUACGCGGCAUGACUUCGUGCCAGAGCACAUUCUUGGACUGUUCCCACAUUUCAACCCUCACAAGUAGGCUAAGGAAGCAGUGGUGCAAGUUUCUCUUCCCCUUGGUUUGUCAAAAUUGCUGCUAUUAUUAUUAUAUAUACAUAUUUUUAAAGUGAGUUUUACCCUCCCGUAUGUUUUUCCCCUUUUCUUUUGAGGUGGAUGAAGGUCCAUUUGCGAGCUCAAAAUCUGCUUGGAAGGAACUGAGUUUAAACAUCAAUUGUUGAAUUUGCUCCAUGUGACAUUUUGAUGUGUUCCAUAUUUUUUCAGGAGAAUUAUAUUACUUUGAUUGAUACAAGAGCUUUAAUAAUCUGCAGUCAAUUGUUUGGUAGCACAUCAUGUUUAGCUUUCCUACACUUACAACGAAAAGAGCUUUAUAUCUUUAGAUGGUUGAAAUACAUUACUGCAAAUUUUCAGUCCAGUGGAUGGACUGAAUACUGAGAUAAAUUUUGUUAAAUGCUAGAACAUAUAUUUGAUGUUUACAGGGUAGACAAGACCAUCCCUGCAAGAAUUUUUGUCAAGGAUGGCUUCGUAUAUGGUUGAUAGUUAUAGAGGGCACUGCAAGGAGGAAUUUGCUCUCAAUAUAGGAUGAACUGCUGUUUGUUUGCAUGGCAAUAAUUUCUGACCUGAUUUGUCUUUUGAUAUAGACCUUGGGACCUAAACAGAUCUGGGUUUUGGAACAUGGCCUUGCUCACUAACCAAGAGGUAGUAGAGCGCUGAUUCAAGGCUGGCUCAUAUUGUAACCAAAAAAAAUUGGCUUUUAUUUUCUGUCGAGGUCUUGUACAUAUCUCAUUCUUUUGAACUUGUACAUAAAUCUGGGGCCCUAUGUGUGGUGCAGUUAAUCUAAUUAUCUAAAACCAGCAGUUAAGAAU